CUCACCUAGAGUGGGCGGGAACAUUGUGGAAGCGACGGGCUGACUGAAGCCAUUGAUGCGCUUCUUAUCGAAGACAAACCGAUCAUAUUUGUCCGUCUGUGCGGCGCCUCCUGACUGCAGCCAUGGUGUCUCACUCUCUCGCCCUGCCGAUGAUCUGCUUCACCACCUUAUGGGCGCUGGUGGGGGUCGUGGCUCCAUUUUUAGUGCCAAAGGGACCUAACCGCGGCGUGAUCGUCACCAGCCUCAUCCUCACAGCCAUCUGCUGCUACUUAUUUUGGUUAAUAGCCAUUCUGGCCCAGGCCAACCCACUGUUCGGCCCUCAGCUGAAGAAUGAAACUAUUUGGUAUCUGCGCUACUUCUGGGAGUAAACAGGGAUUGGACGCCUUUUUUCAUCCUCCCACCUGCUGGACUUCAUUUCCACGUCACUUUUUCCCCUCAAACACAUCCUCAGCCCCUCACCUCUGCUCUACAGGGUUACAGGAUUCAUAGGAAUCCCACAUCUACACAACCCAAAAGCUUUCCCUUCAAACUUAGGGAUUAUUUACCCUGUAUUUCAGCAGCUAGGAUUUGAAAAAAUUUUUAGGAUGUGUAUUUUGAAAAUUAAGCAGAGAUAAUCCUUUUUUUGUGCUGUGCUCUAACUAAAACACGUGUUAGGAGUAGAUGUUAUUUUUACCUUUUGAAAAUGUGCAAUCCUUUGUUUUAGCAUUUUCUGUUUUGUUUUGGGGUUUUUUUUGCCAUCAGGGAACUUGCAUUUCUAUGUGUAUUUAUUUGGGGUGGAGGACACUGAUGUGAGCUUGUAGUAAUCAGCACAGUGUCGACGAGGUCUUGUUAUAUAACUGGUAUUAUCUGUGAUGCAACUGUUGUUGUGUGUGUGUGUGUUUGAGUCAGUGUGAGCAUGCAGUUUUUUUUACCCAAGCGCUCUGAAAUGAGUCGCCCAAAACUAAGAGUAAAAAGCAAAUUCCUUCCCCUUUAACAUCAAACUUCCUCCCACAUUCUUUUCCGUGCUCCACGCCAUGGAGGUCCACAUUGCCAUGGUGAUUUCAAAGCCAAAUUCAGUCCUUGUCCUCAUGGACUCCUCUGAUUAGGCGCUAACCUCGUUUCCCUACUGUUUACAGAUCUACAUGAUGUCGUCCUGUCUAAGACAGCCACUAUUUACCCUUCUUUGAAUUUCUUAAAUUCCCGCAAAGCUCCAAAUCAGCCUUUAAUAUGUGCUAACAUACAUUGGUUCCUAAAUAGUUUCUGUAACAAUACAAAACUGUCACAUUAAGGCAGUAAGCUGACCCUGUUUGGUGCAGAUAACACAGCUAAUCAUCCUAAGCAACAUAAGGCGAACAUCGUCUGCGUAAGAUGAAAUACCAGCACGCUGUUCUUAGCAGUAGCUGAAAACAAUGCCCGAUGGAACAGAUUUUCUGCAUGUUUUUUCCUUUUCAAACAUAAACUAUUGUUAGCACUGCAGCACAGCUAUUCUCUACUAGGGGUGGAACGGUUCACAAAAUCCACGGUUCGGUUCACGGUUUCGUGGUCACGGUUUUCGGUUCGGUUCGGUAUAUGUUGAUUGUUAGCCUGACAUGUUGGUCGUGUUGCUGUUAGCAUAAACAAAA